GAGAGAAUCAGGCUACAGUUUGAGAAGCAGUUCUCUGAUCAGAUCGUGGAACUGAAGAGAGAAAGAGAAGAAGAGAUCAGAAAGCUAAACCAACAGUGGCAACACAGAGUAGAAGAACUGCAGACACAGUUGGAGGAGAGGAGAGCACUCUCUGAGAAGUUGGAUGGAGAGAGAGAGAAACGUUACGCCAAUGGAGAGAUGGAAAGAAUGAAGCAGGAGAUCCAAAAGACAAGAGAUAUGAACAGUUCACUCAGAUCUCAACUUCACUCCACCAUUCAAGAGAAAGAGAGACUGAUAAGGCAGCAAUUACAGGUGGUGAAAGAGGAAGAUGAGGAUGAGGAGGAUGGAAAGGCUACAGGAGAGAGGGAAGAGGAGAGGGAGAAGUGGAGGUGGCGUGAACGAGAGGAAGAGUUGUUGCGUGUGGAGAGGUUAAAUCACCAGCGUGCUCUUCAGGCCCUGGAAACACAAGCCAAUGAAGAACUUCAGUCAGAGAGACAUCGCUUACUCACUCAGCACAAACUACAGCUGGACAAGCAGAAGGGAGAGCUGACCCAGCAGCACACAGAGUGGGUGAGACAGGUCACCCAGAGACACAUGCAGCAGAUCGAAGACCUUCAGAACGAAAUACACACACACACACAAAUGAUGGCCCUACAGCAGGAUCUGAAGCAGCAAAACCGCUUACAGUCUCUAGAGAGACAGCUGGAUGAAAAGAGCAGCGAGGUUCAGGAGCUAAAGAGAGAGAACGAAGAUCUGAAAGAACGAAUAAGUGCAAUGAGUGCACAAAGAGAGGAACAAGAUGACCACAAUCAUAAACACAAGAGUUUCCCAGAGGAACGAGAUGCAGCUGGUGAAACGGAUGGGUCUGAUCACAGGAAUAACGUGGAGAGUGUAAAGAGAGAGCACAGGAUGGAGAUCCAGACCAUAAUAUCAGACUUCAGCACCGCCCAAACACGACUACAGACCCGCAUAGUUGCCUUGGAAACAGAGUUGAGAGAAAGGGAAGAAAGAGGAAAGAGAAGAGUAGAAGACUUGCACACCAUUGCUAAACUACAGGACAAGCUAAGCGAGAGAGACCAACUCAUCAAAAGUCUAGUGGAGGACCUCCACCAGCUAUCCCAGCAUCCAACUCUCAGCAGCGAUGAAAUAUUGAAGCCUUAUGACUCCAGGACACAAGCAGGAACCCUCACACCUACUAUGAAGAAAAAGGGGGUUGAGGAAACUAGCAUCCCGAACCUUUGCUCAUAUGAUGGGGGGUCACCCAAGGCCAAAUGCUCACCAGUUGAGCGUGGAUUACCCAGUGUGGAACAGAGCGGGAGAGGAACCCCCCUAACAAGGACACACACCCCCACCUCCCCUCAUGCUGAACACAGAACCUCUAUCAGACACAGCCGCCCACCUUCACAAGAAGUGCGACAUCAGCCCCAGCUUAAAAUGAAAUACAACCAGCACGUCAGGAAUCCUGCUGAGCAGAGGGUUAUUGAAACAGGACCUGAUGGACAAGACCCUCAAAAACAGGAGUGGUUCACCAAAUAUUUCUCUUUUUGAGGUCCCACUGAACAUUUGGCUGUAUCUGUCCCAACAUAUUAAGAACAGGACCACCAAAGUCUCACUUUCUGCAUAAUUACACUCGACUGCAAGCUAAACACCAAAUAAGCUUUUCUACAGGACACAUCUCACUAUUAUCCCGUUUAACAAAAUGCAGCACACAGACCCAAUGUCUUAAAUUGUUACAAAAAUUAAGAGAUUAUGCAUUCGGUUAUAACCAAUGAAGGACUACAGGACACUACGGUCAGAGUGAGUGGACAUAUCAAAGAGCUGAAAGAAGAGAAUGGAGAAUGUUCCUGUGUAGAGGCUUCCUCCAUUGAUGCUUCACGUGUGGUCUCUCCCAGCAAAAGGAUGAUAUCAAAGUCUAAAAGGAAAAAAAAGUGCACAGUUCUGCACCAAAUGCUACAUGGACCUCUAUUAAUUAAUAAAAUGAACUGCCAAGUUUGGAUUGCUGGAAAAAUGCUGUGGAAUGUUGAAACUUUUCUUUAACAAAAAGAGAAUGCAAGAAUAGCGGUUUUCGCCAUUUUAUGCCAAAACUCUAACCAUCUCAAGAUAAUUAAUGAAUAUCAAUAAAUUACAUAUUUUUGUUUUUUAAAUUG